AUGACUUCUACGAAGCCAAAUCCAAGUGGGACAAGCAGCGCCAGUAUGGCUUCCUAUUCAUUUCACGAGCCAGACGCGACCGCCUUCAGUGAUCGCCCGGCAUUUGGUGGAACAUGCUACAGCCCUAUCCCAAGCGCCAGCCAUGUUAAAGUCACGGCAUAUGAUUCCUCCAGCGUUACAGCCACAAGUAUAUGGACAGCGACAGCGACUAACGCCCAAGCAUUUGCAUAUCCUAUAGAAGGCUAUGCAUUAGGUGUAGCUGCCGUCAAGAGCGUCUUGACAGUAGGUGAUACUGUCCUGACAGUUACUGGCAGCAGUCCGCAAGCUUCUAACACUGUAGCUGCCACAUAUACAGUACUCGCAGGAACAAACCCCGCUUUUACGCCAAAUUCCGUGUCCGCAGAUGUCGGAGAUACGGUUGUCGUCCAAUUUACAUCCGGAAACCACUCGUUGACGGAAUCGACCUUCGACCAUCCGUGUGUGGGAUUAUCCGGUGGACACGACUCGGGGUACAUGGCGAAUGUCAACAACGCCAUUGUCCCGACUCCCCAAUACUCUUUUAACAUAUCUCAGAGCACCUCCCAAUGGUUUCAUUCCAAACAAGCAGGCGAAUGCGGCGACGGCAUGGUCCUCGCACUCAAUCCCAGCAACGAGCAAACAGCAGUCCUCUUCCGACAGAACGCCAUAUCGCAAAACGGUACCUCAAGCAACUCAUCAAGCAGCACAUCCACCGGCGUCAAAGUCGGAGCCUCGAUCGGCGCCGUGGCAGGUGUUGUGAUUUUCCUCGGUCUCAUCUUCUUCUUCUUCCGUCGCCACCGUCGCAAAAACCGAGCUGCUUCAAGCGAUGAAGCACAGCACAUGGACCCGGACGCAGCAGCAGGCAACAUGGGACGUUCGAGCUACGCCGACACCGAAAUCGGGAGCCAGCAAUUCAAGGAAUUGAAACCGGUUGUGCCGCCGAAGGGCGUCGGCGAGGAGAUGCACGGCUGGUCGCGCCCGAACGAGCUGGGUACUCCCGGAGGGAUGUUCGAGCCGGUAGAGAUGAUGCAGCCGCCUGUGCCGCCCGUGGAGAUCUACACUCCGAUGGACGGAAACAUAAACUACCCUACCCACAACCCAGCAGAAUCAUCUCCCGCCUGUCGCCAAGCUCGUGAAGGGGAGGAAGAGCACGUCCUUUCUGGCACGCAACAGCACCGCGUCCCAGGUGACGCGCUGCGGCAUCGCGAUCAGGUGGUAGAGGCGGUGGUGGCCGAGGUUUUGUCGGAAGGCGAUGGUGAAGUGCAGACGCAUCGUGUUGAAGCUGGCGAGGCGGAGGAAGCGGUGGGCUUCGACGCGGCUCUCGCGGCUGGUCUGGAGGAUGGAGAGGAUGAAGAGGGGAACUCUGGCGUGGGUGUUACUGCGGUUGCGGUGAAGGUGCUGGGGACCUUGAGCUGGGUACAGUCAGAUCUUGCGGUCGUGGGGGAUGCAGAAGCGCCAGAUCAUUUGGUGGAGUUUGACGACGAGCUUGGGGAAGAGGGGGAAUGUGCUGGGCUGCUGCUGCUGGGCGAAGAGCUGCUGGUGGCGAUCUGGGAGGGCGUGGUGGGAGGUUUGGAGGGUGAGGAUUGCGUCGGUGAGCGUAGCUCUUGA